AUGGCCGACCACGUCCUAAAUUCAAGUGCCGAGGUUGCGUCGAAGGCUAUCAGCCUCCGUGCGGAAUUGAAGACUUGGGAGAAAGAGUUUGCAUCCACACAUGAUGGCCGGAAAGCUGGUCGCGAAGAUAUCAAGCAACAUCCCGACAUUGCCGCGAAAUAUAAGGAAUACGGUAGACUGAAGGCACUCGAGUCUUCUUUAAGCCGGCGCGAGAACCGACAGGAAUCAUCCGACGCCCAGUCUAGAAAACGAAAACAUGCUUCUCCCACAGGGCCAGAUUCGGCGCAACCAGUCGCUACCCCACGAAAGUCGGCUAAGGGACUUUUUGCGACACCAUCAAACAACCGCAACAAGCAUAUCAACCACGUAGACGAGUUUGUGUCGCCUUCGACAUUCCGCAAGUUAUUCAGCCCUAGCGCACAUCGCCAAAGCGAACCAGCACCGUCACCACUCAAGGCUGCAAUCGGACCAACACCGCAGCGCGAUGGAAAAGCCCUCGGGCUAUUCGAUAUGCUGUCAGAAUCGGGAGGAAGCAACGCGACGCCAUCAGCAAAAAAACAAAAGGACUUCUUAGCCGCGGGGUUCCUUACGCCAUCCAAGCCGAAGACCUCUGAACCUAUGGCCGAAGUUCCAGAAGAGGAAGAAGAGAGCACACGGCUUUCCCGCACGCCCGCAUCCUCAACCAAACAAUUCUACUUGGCCAAUCUCUUCGCAACUCCAACGACUAUGCGUUACGCUGCUAUGGUCGAAAAAGACGAUGAUAGAGAAGAUCAGGAAAACACGCGCCCAACCAGUGAGGCACCUGCAUCGCCAGAACCGAACACCUCCGAAACCCCGUCCUUCUUACGGCGAACCAAUUUCAACAGACUUCCACCUCCACCUUCAAAUGAUCAGAGCGCGGGACUGAGUCCUAUCGCAUCCCGAAAACCACUGCAGUUUGCAGGGAAGGGAUUGUCGCAUUUGGUCCAAGGCCUACGGGCCAUGGAGGAAGAGCGCGAGGAUGAUGAGUGGGAUAUGCUCCGGGAAAUCGAAGCGGAGCAAGAAGCAGCGAACCUCCAGGUUCCUCAAAGUCAGGUCAUGCCAGACAACCAGCGGCCCUAUAAAAAGAAGGGACAGAAGCGAACUACGCGAAGAGUUAUCAUGCGUCCAGUUGCCCCUCGGCCAAAGCUUCGCCCGAACUCCACUCUGCCUCCUGUCGAGGAAUAUCCAGAAAGCGAUGAUGAGAUUGUUGCAGUUCCUGAAACUCAGCUCCCAGCAGGCUCCGAAGUCGUCGACGAUACCUAUCAUGAAGAAAAUAUAGGUGACGAUGUGGCUUCCUUGCAUACCAUGUCUGAUCCAGAAUCUGAUCCAGAGGAGCCUGAUGCAGACUCCGACGAUGAUCCAGAGUAUGGCGAACCAUCCAAACCUUUGGCCAGGGCGAAGAGUUUCUCCGAGCGUAUAAGGGAAGCCGUCUCGAUGGCCAAACCUCCACCCAAGGAAGAGCCAUUAAAGGCAGCGCCGGCUCCGGAGAAAGCAGAGAAGGCACCCAAGACCCGGAUGAUCAAGGCCAAUUCCCAGGCCCAUACGAAUUACCGAAGUCUGAAGAUCCACCACAGAGGAGGAUCUCGUGGCCGUGGGCGGUUCUGCAAACGAUAG